UUUUUAUCUCUUGCCUGUUUCUGAGUUUUGACUGAGUUCCCUGCAUUGUCGUUUGUCUGGAUUGCCUACCUGGGUUUUGACCUGCUGCCUGUAUUUUGGAUCACGUCUCUGGCUGCCCUCAGAGUCCCAUGAGCAAAGCUUCGCUAACACUGAUCACUGUCUGCACGUGUGUGGUGGCGGUCGUGUACGGCACGCAAACGUCCUGUCCUCUCACCGUCAAGGUCACGCUCCAUGUUCCUGAACACUUCAUCGCUGACGGAAGCAGUUUUGUGGUGAGCAUGGGCAGUUUUCUGGAUGUCUCCAACUGGUUAAAUCCAGCCAAACUGACCCUGUACUACCAGACCAACACCUCCACCCAGUGGGUGAGAGACUACUGCGGCCAGAGAACGACUGAUCCCUGCGAACAGCUCUGUGACCAGGACACUGGGGAAUGCAGCUGUCUGGAAGGUUAUGCCCCUGACCCCGAGCAUAAACAUCUCUGCGUCCGCACAGAUUGGGGCCGCAAUGAAGGUCCGUGGCCUUACUCAAACCUGGAAAGAGGCUACGACCUUGUCACAGGGGAGCAGGCUCCAGAGAAGAUUUUCAGGUCAUCCUACAGUCUGGGUCAAGGCCUUUGGCUGCCAGUCAGCAAGAGCUUUGUGGUUCCUCCGGUGGAGCUGUCAAUCAACCCUAUAGCCAGCUGUAAGACGGACGUGUUGGUUACAGAGGACCCUGGAGAAGUGCGGGAAGAGGCCAUCAUGUCCACAUAUUUUGAGACGGUAGACGAUCUGCUUGCGUCGUUUGGUCCAGUGAGGGAUUGCUCUAAAGAUAAUGGCGGAUGCCGGAAAAACUUCAAGUGUGUUUCAGACAGAAGGAUGGACUCGACCGGCUGCAUGUGCCCGGAAGGACUGAGGCCCAUGAAGGAUGGUUCAGGCUGCUAUGACUACUCUCUGGGAACGGACUGUACGGACGGCUUCAAUGGAGGCUGUGAGCAGCUGUGUCUUCAGCAGCUGGUUCCUCUUCAUGAUGACCCGACGUCCAGCAAUGUGCUCAUGUUCUGCGGGUGUGUGCAGGAAUACAAGCUAGCCGCUGACAGCCGCUCCUGUCUUCUCCUGGCUGAUCACUGUGAAGGGCCAAAGUGCCCGAAACAAGACUCACGCUUCAACGACACACUCUUCAGUGAGAUGCUCCGCGGGUACAAUAACAAAACUCAACAGGUGAUCCUGGGACAAGUUUUUCAGAUGACCUUCAGGGAUAAUAACUUCAUCAAGGAUUUUCCGCAGCUGGCCGACGGGUUAAUGGUGAUUCCUCUGCCGGUGGAGGAGCAGUGCCGAGGAGUUCUGUCAGAGCCUCUGCCCAACCUGCAGCUGCUCUCAGGAGAUGCUCAGUUCAGUGAAGCCACAGGAUACCCCAUGAUGCAACAGUGGAGAGUGCGGAGUAACCUGUAUAGAGUGAAGCUCAGUGCCAUCACCCUGUCUACAGAUUUCUCAAAGGUGCUGAAAUCCCUGACGGCAGACAGCACGCGGGAUGAGUUGCUUGCGUUUAUUCAGCAGUACGGCAGUCAUUACAUCUCUGAGGCGCUGUAUGGUUCUGAGCUCACCUGCAACAUCUACUUCCCCAGCAAGAAGUCCCAGCAACAGCUCUGGCUCCAGUACCAAAAAGAAGUCACAGACCAGGGUGGCCGGCGGGACUUGAAAGCAGUGCCGUUCAUCAGCUACCUGUCAGGCCUGCUGAAGACGCAGCUGCUGUCUGAUGACCUGGUGGCCGGUGUGGAGAUCCGGUGUCAGGAGAAGGGCACCUGCCCGGCUGCCUGUCACCUGUGCAGACAAGCAGGCCGUGAGACGCCCAGCCCGACGCCAGUCCUCCUGGAAGUCAGCCGCAUCGUGCCCCUGUACAGCCUGGUGCAGGAUAACGUCACUAAAGAGGCCUUCAAAAGUGCCAUGAUGAGCUCAUACUGGUGUGCGGGGAAGGGUGAUGUCAUCGAGAACUGGUGCCGCUGUGACCUGACGGCGCUUGGCAAAGACGGGCUUCCCAACUGUAGCCCCCUGCGGCGGCCCGUAUUGAGACUGGCUCCACACCUGGAACCCUCCAGUACGAUGGUUGCGCUGGAAUGGGUCGAUGUGGAACCCCUGAUUGGCUACAAGGUUUCAGAUUACGUCAUUCAACACAAGCGAGUAGAGGACCUGUCAGAGGCAGAAAUCUACACAGGAGAGGUUCUAAGCCUCAUGGAUGACCUUUUCUCGGGUCUGGGCUCAUCGUGUGUGGUAGCAGGACGCAGAAGGGGAGAACAUCCUCACAGUAUGAUCUACUCUCUCCUUUUCAAGUGCCUGGAGCCCGACAGCCUUUAUAAGUUCACUCUGUAUGCUGUGGACAGCCGUGGUAGUCGGUCGGAUGCAAGUUUUGUGACCGUCCGCACGUCAUGUCCGAUGGUGGAUGACAGCAAAGCAGAAGAGAUCGCAGACAAAGUGUACAACCUCUAUAAUGGCUACACCAGUGGAAAGGAGCAACAGACGGCCUACAACACCCUGAUGGAGAUCUCCCCCCCGCUGCUUUAUCGUGUACAACAUCACUACAAUUCCCACUAUGAGAAGUUUGGAGACUUUGUGUGGAGAAGUGAGGAUGAGCUUGGCCCCAGGAAGGCCCAUUUGAUCCUGAGACGAAUGGAUCGGAUCAGUCUGUUCUGCCGCUCACUGCUCCGCAGUGGCUUCAUCCAAAGCCGAACAGAGAGUGUGCCAUACAUGCUGUGUCGCAGUGAUGGCACGAGACCAGGCGGCACUUUAUGGCACAGUUCACUUCAUGAAACCCGGCUAGCCUGCCUGGAGAAAGUCGUAACAGUGCAACGCAACAUAUAUGGAAAGUCAAAAUUACGAUGAGACAGGAAAUGUUUGGACUUGACCUUCUCUCUUUACGGUCUCCAGCUUGGCUGUUCUUUUUCUAAAUCCAACUGACUUUGAGACUGUGAGAGUAGGUUUUGUUGUUUCUUCUUCUUCUUCUUUCUUUAUUCUUUUCCAAAUGCAGAAAG